CAUGAUUAUACCACUGAAACCCUGCAACAUUUUCAUAGCCGGUGGAGAUCCAUUCGGAUAAUGUACCUUACAAUGUUCUUCAGCAGUGUUGGUUUGUAAAAACAUAAAUUUAAACAAAGUAAUAUUUUGUAACAUCAAUUUGACUCUGUGUUAAGUGUGCGUUCAAAAAAUGUUUAUACAAUUUGUGUAAAAACGUUAUUCCAUGUGCUGGUCAUCGCAUAAAACAGAUGCCCCAGAAAAACUAUCGUGACUUGUAGACCAUCUCUCAUACUGUGCUUAACUUGGGAAAGUGAAAACUAAUAGGUUAUGGCUUGCAAACGUCCAAUGAGAUUACACCAGUGCAAGUAAUCUCACCAGUGCAAGUAAUCUCACUCAUAGUAAUACUCUGUCCUUGAAUUGAUGGAUAUCUGCUUUGUUCAAGAUACAAUGUUUUAGUCUUAUUUAUAGCUAAUUAGGGUUGUCAGGUAUGCAAGUGAAUUGAACCAAGUCAUGCUGUUUGACAUGGCACUAACAGUGCAAUCCUAAACAGAGUUACUCAAGCCUAAGCCCAUUGAAUUCAAUGGGCUUAGACAGGCAUAACUCUGCAUAGGAUUGCACUGCAUGUCUUGUUCCUUAUAGCUCUAUGUAACUUUGCUUAGAAUCACUGCUACUGACAUAAUUAGUAAUGGACCCGAAUAGACUGUUUGUACCAUCUUAAAUGAUUUCAGGAUGAAACAUUUGUCUUUAAUUCAAGAGGACUAGUGGAAAACAUGCAAUGCUAUCCUAAAAGGUUAUUUAGUUCACUGGACUUAGAAGGGUGUAAUGCUACUUAGGCUUUUACUGCCAGCAGUAGAACACAAUAUUUGUAUCCUAGCCAAAUGCCGGUAGAACUUUGAUGACUUAGUAAUAGUCAUGCAAAAUAACCUUUGUUCUUUAUACUGCAGGUUUUUCAAUAGUCAUUAUGUCAAUAUGGCCCUAUCUUCAACAGGUUUGUAAUCUCCUGAAUUUGAAUGUGUAAAUUCUUUUUUGAGAUUUGAUUGGAAAAUUGAGAACUGUAUUAUCUUAGACUCUGAUAACUGUGUUUUCUGCCGAUUCAGACCACUAUAUAUAUCUUUUGAAUUAAAAAAGUAUUGGUUUUAAAAAAAUUGUUACCCUUAUUAAAAUGUCAGUACAUUUCAUUCAGAAAUGUAUGGUGUUUCUAAUCUCUCUGAGUUUGUUUCUCUCCACUGUGGCUUCAGUGCCUGAGGGUGGAAAAAGUGCUGUUGUGUAUAACUGAGUCCACCUCCUUCUCAAUGUGCAUGAAUGUGCACAGGCAUUUUACCAGAUCAGUAUAAGCAAUGUGGAAGGUGCAUACAGGCCUCCUCUUCCCUGUAACAGCCUGGUGAUGCUUUUGUGUAUGACAAAUGUGAAACAAGACAGUUAUAUCCCAAGGCGAUCCUGUGUCUGCACUGGACAGGCUCAACCCCAGCCUUUUGACAGAAAUAAUUUUUUUCUCUGGAUCUUGGGAAUUCUACAAAUGUACAACUACACUUCAUGUAGAUAAAACUGCAGAUGCGAGUUUCUUGGGCUGGAUUAUUGCUUCCUAUAGCAUUGGGCAAAUGAUAGCUUCCCCCUUCUUUGGGACAUGGUCCAAUUACAGGCCAAGAGGAGAACCUCUUGUAGUUUCAACUAGUAUUUCAGUGGCUGCUAACUGUCUCUAUACCUAUGUCCAUUUACCUGUUUCACACAACAAAUACUACAUGUUGAUUGCUCGCGCUCUGGUGGGGUUUGGUGCAGGAAAUGUGGCAGUAGUUCGCUCCUAUGUUGCUGGUUCUACCUCUCUCACAGAAAGAACUGGUGCCAUGGCAAACACGAGUGCUUGCCAAGCAGUGGGAUUCAUACUGGGACCAGUUUUUCAGACCCUCUUUACUCUCAUUGGAGAAAAAGGAGUCACAUGGAAAAUCAUUAAUCUUCAAGUGAACAUGUAUACAGCACCAGUUCUAUUUGGAGCUCUCCUAGGAAUUAUUAACAUUGUUCUGAUAUUUGCAGUAUUUAGAGAACAUCAAGUGGAUGAUAUGGGAAGACUAUUCAGAAGCGUUAAUUUUGAGGCAGAAGGAAAUGGUGAAGCUGGGGAGGAUAGUCAAGGAAGCAUUGACCUUGUGGCCGUUGUAUCAGCAAACAUUCUUUUCUUUGUCAUACUAUUUAUUUUUGCAGUCUUUGAAACCAUAGCUACACCACUGACAAUGGAUAUGUAUUCCUGGACUAGAAAACAAGCAGUGUUUAUCAAUGGACUUAUUCUUGGAGCAGUUGGCAUUGAGUCAGUCUUUGCAUUUUUGGGAGUCAAAAUACUUUCCAAAAAGACUGGUGAACGCGCUAUACUUUAUGGAGGCCUUGUUAUUAUACUGAUUGGAUUCUUUAUUUUAUUACCUUGGGGAAAUCAGUUACCUAAUAUCCAGUGGGAAGAUAUAAAGAAUAAUUCUGUUACAAGAACAGUUUUCAGUGGAAGCUUUGCAUCUUUCUGGACAAUGCAAAUACAACUUCCAUCAAAUAACAGUACUGAAGCUCCAGGAUGCCCCAUUGUACAGUCCUGGUGCCUGUAUACUCCGGUGAUCUACUUGGGCCAGUACAUUGCUGCAGUCAUUCUAAUAGGCCUGGGAUAUCCAGUCUGUAAUGUUAUGUCAUAUACUUUAUAUUCAAAAAUCUUAGGACCAAGGCCUCAGGGUGUUUAUAUGGGCUGGCUAACUGCCUGUGGAAGUGGUGCACGUAUACUUGGGCCAGUAUUCGUCAGCCAGCUCUACACACACUUUGGACCUCGCUGGGCAUUCAGCCUGAUCUGUGGAAUUGUUGUUCUCGCUCUCCUACUCUUGGAAAUGGUAUACAAGAGACUUGUGGCAUUUUCUGUCCAAUAUGGGCAGCUCCAAGAGCAGAGCUCUUAGGUAUGGGUAACUGUUGGCCAGUCUUUUAUUGCUGUGUGUCAUUGCCCUUAUCCAAGGAGCUACGAUACUGCACCUUUGACUGACCAUUGUUUUAAAUGUACCACUACUAAUGAAGUUAUCAAUAGGAUAUAAUGGUGGACAUGAUAGGCUGUGAUCAUAGUAGGUAAAGAAACUCCUAGUGUAUAGUUUUGAAAGAAGAUAUUGUUGACUAGUUGUUUCUUGUUUACCUGAAUGGAAGAUUAGUCUCCCCGUUUCAGAGAAGAGGGGAGGGGACCAUUUUAAGUUUGUAUACAGGGCACGUACAGCAAUAAAAAGCUUGUGUAUAACCUUUAAUUGGGGGUGGGGGAGGAGUCAACUUACAUUCAGGGUAAGCUGCCUUUGGGGUAAAUAUGGUAGAGUGUUGAUUCUAUGAAUCAAAUUGCACUUAAUGUUUUUCAUACUGAACUUGAAAGAGUUGUCUUACGCACUUUUGUAAUCACCUACCUCUUCUACAUGUUGUGAAUGUGUUAUAUUUUGUCUAACAUGUUAGCAGGCUCUUCUACGGUAAAUCAGAUCUUAAACAAGAUAGCCUAUAGCUUAUGAUAACCAUCCAUGUAUCAUAUACAUAGCAACAGUUGAGAUAGGAAUAACUUUUAAUCUUAAAUUCUCACAGAAUUACGUAGUAGACCUUUCAAGCUGUAUCUAUCAUCCCUUGGUAUCUCCUCCUCCCCUCUCUCUGUUUCAUUUAACUUUACUGGUGGCCACUGCUCAGUGGUUCCAGUUGGUCCUUAACCACUGGGAGACAGACUGUGACUGCUGAAGCACUGCACUUUGCCAAAAUGUUAUUGUACUUAAGGUCGCGUUGAUUGAUGCACAUAACCAGUUAAACUACGUAGCUAGCUUAAGGAAUACUCACUGAGGUGUUUGACAUUUUCCAGAUAUAUUUCCAUAAAGCAGGUUUUUUUUAACAUCACCAUCUAGGAUGCCCUCUCGUUUUUAUAUAAUUGACAUUUCAUUAAAGAACUGGUUAGUACAGUGAAAUCGUAAGCAGAGUUGCUCUAGACUAAGCCCAUUGAUUACAAUGGGCUUAAACUGGAGUAACUCUGUUUAGAAUUUCAUUGUUAAUUGACCAUUGAAGCAUAUGAAUGAGCCACCGAAGAAAACCAUGAAUAUUUUUAAUCCAGCAUUUUCUUGAUCUGCUUUGAUUCAGUGGAUAUAUGUAGUCUUUUCAUUUUUUUUAGUCAAGUGAUAUUCUUAACCUUGUGUAAUACUGUAUGUUUGUGAAAACUGUUCCCUAGCAAUUUUUGUAGAGAUUUUGUUUGUAUUUCCCCGAGAGUGAUGUGGCUAUUAAGACUUUGUCAGUCUCAGUUUUGAUAUAGAAUCACUAAAAAUAUGGCUGUUUUUAUAAUAUAUGAAAAGGACACACAUACACUUUUGCAGUAAUGCCUCUCCAAAAAAGAAGAACUGUGGGAGGACCAUAGUUACCCAGCUGAGUGGCAAAUAUUAAGAUAGAUAGAACUGGAAGAACAUUUAAUUGUACUGUUAACAUUUUUAAUUGCAAAUGUGAGCUUGUGGGGAAUGCUGCGAACAAACUUCCUUCUAAUAAACCUCUAAGUUUGAGACAA